AUGACAAGAGCCACCAGGACGGAGUGCAGUCUCAGCAAAGCCGCCAAGCCCGACAAUGGAGGCGAUGGCAAUGCCUUGAGGGAGGGCCAGAGCGAGUGCGAAUAUCCCCAAGGGAUCCGGUUCGCCCUGGUCAUCUCUUCAUUGUUCCUGGCAGUCUUCAUAGUCGCGAUAAGCCAGACCAUCCUCGCCACCGCCAUCCCGACCAUCACCGGCGCGUUCAACAGCUCCCAAGACAUCGCAUGGUACAGCACCGGCGAGCAGCUCGCUGCCGCAUCGACGCAGCUGCCGUUUGGGCGCGCCUACACGCUGACCAACACCAAGGGGGUGUUUGUAACCUCGAUCGCGGUCUUCCUGGUCGGCAGCGCCGUGUGCGGGUUCGCCCCCGUCUCGGCCGUCUUCAUCGUCGGGAGGCUGGUGCAGGGCGUCGGCAUGGCUGGCAUUUUCAGCGGCUCGUUCAUCGUGCUUGCGCGUGUGACGCCGCUCAAGACGAGGAGUUUGUUCGCUGGGCUGUUCGGUGCCGCGUACGCCAUUGCGAGCGUGCUGGGGCCGCUGAUAGGCGGUGCCAUUACGACUAGAUCAACCUGGCGGUGGUGCUUUUGGUUCAACCUGCCUGUCGGCGUUGUCAUCAUGUCAACCAUCAUUUGGUGUCUGCCCAACAUGCCGGCACCAAAGUCGUUCUCUAUCAGCAACAUGACCUGGAAGCAAACGGUGAUCAAGUUCGACCCCCUAGGGACGGUCCUGCUGAUGGCUUCUCUAAUCUGCCUCAUGUUGGCCCUGCAGUCGGGCGGGGCUCAAUAUUCAUGGAGCGAACCAAGGUUGGUUGCUGUGCUGGUCAUCUUCGCCGUCACCUUGGUCCCUUGGCUGGUGUUGCAAUAUUUCCAGGGUGAGGAGGCCACGGUGCCGCUCAGCAUGCUGUGCCAGCGUUCGGUUGCGGGGUCGAACCUGUUCCUCCUGUUUUUGAACGGAGCUUUUGGCGUUUUCAUCUUUUACCUGCCGACCUGGUUUCAAGCCAUCUUGGGCGAUAGUGCCGAGACGUCGGGGUUCAAGCAGGUUGCUUUAUGCCUGAGCACUGCCGUGGGCGCGAUUGCUGCGGGAGGUCUGGUCGCAGCUACUGGCUUUUACAAUCCGUUCCUCGUGCUGGGUUCCCUCCUGGUCACGGCCGGCUCGGCAAUGUGCAUGAUGAUGCAGCCGGACGCUAGUCUAGGCUAUACGAUCGGCGCCCAAAUCCUCGUCGGCGCCGGGGUGGGAGUCGGCGCAGAGCAGGCCAAUGUUGCGGUGCAAGCCGUGCUGCCGAGCGACAAGGUGGCGCGGGGCACGAGCUUGACGCUGUUCACGCGGCUGCUGGCCAUGGCGAUAUCAGUGCCCGUGGCCCAAAACAUGAUGCAACAGCAGAUUUUUGCGGACCUCGGCUCUUCUUUCGCAGGCGAGGUCUGGACCGAUAGCGGUGCCGCUGACCUCCACCCGAAGCUUCGGGCUCUGUUUGAGAGUGAAGAUUCCCUGGGUUACCGACUCGUGCUCGCCGACAUCAACUAUGCGAUUUCGAGAUGCUUCAUGCUUGCCAUGAUAUUAGCUGCCAUCUCGGUUCCGUUUGGCCUUGUUGUUGAGUGGAAGAACGUCAAGACGGACGAAGAGGACGCUGAACCGCUUCUCCAAGAAUGA